AUGGGAGAGAAUUCCGGCGAAACUCGGAAGACGGGCUGAGGUUUUGGUUCCUUGCAAGCUUAAGAUGCACAGUGGUCUUGACUUCUUGUUUGACCUCUCCUGACGGAAUGAUGUUGACCCGGCUGAAAGCAAAAUCAGAGAGGAAGGUUGCAAAACAGCUUUGCAAAGUUGUAUUGGAUCAUUUUGAAAAGGAAUAUUCCAGAGAACUUGGAGAUGCCUGGCAUACAGUAAGAGAUAUACUAACAUCUCCAUCAUGUUGGCAAUAUGCUGUGCUUCUUAACCGAUUCAAUUAUCCUUUUGAACUGGAAAAGGAUUUACAUUUGAAGGGCUAUCACUCACUCUUUCAAGGAUCUUUACCCUACUAUCCUAAAUCAAUGAAAUGUUACGUUAGCAGAACUCCACACAGAAUGCCUUCAGAAAGACACCAAAUUGGAAACCUAAAAAAAUACUAUCUGCUGAAUGCUGCCUCUCUUCUCCCAGUACUGGCUCUGGAAUUGAGGGAUGGGGAAAAGGUUCUGGAUCUGUGUGCUGGCCCUGGAGGCAAAUCGAUAGCUCUGCUACAGUGUGCUUAUCCAGGUUAUCUUCACUGUAAUGAAUACGAUAGUCUGAGAUUGAGGUGGCUGAGGCAGACGUUAGAAUCUUUCAUCCCACAGCCUUUGGUAAAUGUAAUUAAAGUGUCUGAAUUGGAUGGCAGAGAAAUGGGAGAUGCCCAGCCUGACACGUUUGACAAGGUGUUAGUUGAUGCUCCGUGUUCAAAUGAUCGAAGUUGGUUGUUCUCUUCUGAUUCUCAGAACGCAGCCUGUAGGAUAAGCCAAAGGAGGAAUUUGCCUCUUCUACAGAUAGAACUCUUAAGGUCUGCAAUUAAGGCCUUACGUCCUGGAGGGCUACUUGUGUACUCUACAUGCACACUUUCCAAGGCAGAAAAUCAAGAUGUGAUCAGUGAAGUUUUAAACUCCUACAGUAACAUCAUGCCUGUGGACCUUAAGGAAAUGGCAAGGACUUGCUCCCAAGACUUCACAUUUGCUCCCACUGGCCAGGAAUGUGGGCUGUUGGUGAUUCCAGAUAAGGGCAAAGCCUGGGGCCCAAUGUAUGUAGCCAAAUUGAAAAAAUCAUGGACUACUUGAAGUUGGUGAUGUGCAUUUUGUGAACCAUUACAUCGAUAACAUAUCAAUGUAUUAUAUUUAUUUAACAUGUAGGCUCUCUACGUGUUAACAUUUAAAUAAAAUGGAGUCACUUUCCCUGGGUCUGUUGGAAUCCUAUUUAAUUAAUACUUAGCAUUUCAGAACUUUUCAGGUGUAUUUUUUUCCUAGAAAUACAUCUACAGUAAUGAUUUAAGAUGGUGCAGAUGGUGUUUGUUCCCUAUAUAAUAAAUCUGUCUUUUACUUGGCAUUUUGUAGUUAAAUUAAUCAGAAUACAUGGUUUUGUGCAUGAAAUGUUUGGAAAUACCUUCUAUCUGUAAUGUUGGUGCUUUGAACCUCUAAAAAUGCACAUCUUCAGGGGCUUCCCUGGUGGCGCAGUGGUUGAGAGUACACCUGCCGAUGCAGGG